AUGGCGACCUCGCCGGCGCUGCUCUCGCGGCAGUACGCGCGCCCCUCCCAUCCUCUCCCCCGCCAGCUCCUCGCGCCUUCGCCCGUCGCCGUCGCAGCCUCCCCUGCGGUGCGGCUGCGCGUCCGCCGCGGGCCUACCCCGGCCCAAGCCAAGUUCGGCAAGUUCGACGCCGCCGACGCUCCCACGGAGGCCGGGCCGACUGCGCCGGCGACAUCGGAGGCCGACGGCGCGGCGGGGAAGGCGGUGCUGGAGGACGACAGGUCAGGCACGCUUUCGGGGAAGGCGAGCGCCGAUUUCGUCAACUCCGGCGGCAUGCGAGGAAUUGCAGAGCUGCUGAUCCCUCAGUUGGAGUUCCUCAACCAGGAAGGAGCGCAGGCUGAGGUCUGGGCGCUGUCGAGGAUACUCCUCGACACACUCGCGGAAGAGACCGGCCAGGUAGUUAAGGCCGUCUUCCCUGACGCUGGAGUGGCUGCCCUUCUCAAGCACCAGUGGAAAGAUGCAAAGUUCAAGUGUGCUAGUCUUAGCGACCGAAAGCCAGUUGAUACUGAUGACGGAGUUGUUGUUAUGAUUAUCCCUGACCACCAGAUGCUUGAAUCUGUUGAACGCAUCGCAUCUCAACUCGCUGAUGAUCCCAUAAGACCUCUUGUCAUGUGGAACCCACGUCUUGUUAGUGGAGAUGUUGGAGUGGGAUAUAAUGUUCGGAAUCUACGCAGAAAUUUCUUAAGAAAGUGGAAAGUGUUUUAUGAUGAUCCAAAAAGACCCAACCGGUAUUUGCUUGCCAGAGAAUCUUCAAGUCGUCCUGAUGCAACAGAUAUUGAGUACCUGAUAAUAUUUGGCGGUGGCGGCGCCAGCGAGCAACCUGAAGAGGAGCCUUCGAUGAUGACCAAUGUCAUGGCCGCGUUUAGCUCCGUGAGCCGGUUUAUGAGGGUCAUCUCCAAGUGA